CGCUGCUCGCCGCUUUGCUCUCCUCUUUGCUUCCCUGCAGAUUUUUAUAGUUGGCUGUUGUCUCGAGCGGAAGCCGUCGGAUUACGUGAGGUUCUGAGAGAGAGCCGAGCUGAGGUGAGGAGCGAGAGGGAGGCGGGGGGGUGGGAUGAGGAUCCAGUGCGACGCGUGCGAGGGCGCGGCGGCCACGGUGGUGUGCUGCGCGGACGAGGCGGCGCUGUGCGCGCGCUGCGACGUCGAGAUCCACGCCGCCAACAAGCUGGCCAGCAAGCACCAGCGGCUCCCUCUCGACGGCGAAGGCGCCGCGGGGGACCUCCCGCGCUGCGACGUCUGCCAGGAGAAGCCGGCCUUCAUCUUCUGCGUCGAGGACAGGGCGCUCUUCUGCCGCGACUGCGACGAGCCCAUCCACGUCCCGGGGACGCUCUCGGGGAACCACCAGCGCUACCUCGCCACCGGCAUCCGCGUCGGCUUCAGCUCCGUCUGCGGCGCCGGCGCAGGAGCCGGAGCGGAAGGCCUCCCGCCGCCCAAGGGCAGCUCCAACUCCAAGCCCGCGGCCACCGCGGGGGCGGCCAAGACACCACCGGUCGUCAAGGACGCGCAGCCGCAGGAGGUGCCGUCGUCACCGUUCCUGCCGCCGUCCGGAUGGGCCGUCGAGGACCUCCUGCAGCUCUCCGACUACGAAUCCAGCGACAAGGACUCGCCUCUUGGGUUCAAGGAGCUGGAGUGGUUCGCGGACAUCGACCUGUUCCACGGCCACGCGCCGGCCAAGACCACGACGGCGGAGGUCCCCGAGCUCUUCGCCUCGCCGCAGCCAGCUACCAACGCGGGGUUCUACAAGGCGACCGGUGCGCGUCAGAGCAAGAAGCCGCGGGUGCAGCUGCCCGACGACGAGGACGACUUCUUCAUCGUUCCUGAUCUCGGCUGAGAUGGGAAAUCUUUUGCAUGGUUUCUCCUGUCAUGUGAUGUGUAUGUAUGCAAAUUAUGUGUGUAUGCCAUCAUGAGAUGCACUAAUCGCUUACGUUGGACAUAUAUGUAAUUAUAAGGCAGUUUGGGGCCAAUACUUUCAGCCUGAGAACUUGCAUGAAUUCUUGCAGUCCUUUCAAAAAAAAGGAGAAAAACUA